CGGACUUCUUUACUUAUUCGGGGUUUCCUACAGGGAACUGUUUCACUUGAUCUUAUUGUCAAUAAAACAGGGAAAGAAGAAAAUCAGACUGUCUGGCAGUUUAAAAAUGACACAGGAGCAGGAUUAUGGCACCGGACAACAUUUGUACUCUAUAAUGUAUCCGACAGGUUCUGGCUGCAGUUCAGGGCUUCUUGGGAAGAAGACUCCACCUUCAUACUUGCCUUAGAUAAUGUGUCAAUAAGCCUGGAUUGUUACCUAGCAAUUGAAGGCGAAAACUCAAAAAGUGCACCUGUUAGUCCAAGUAAAUGUAAAACUGAAAAUGAAGCAGACAACACUGAGAAAAUGACAGAUGAACAUAAUGCACACUUUAAAGAUACAGCAAUGCAAAGAAGUUUGCUGGUGGAUAUCCCUUCAUCUAGUCAACCACCUGGUGCUACAGAUACAGCAAUGCAAAGAAGUUUGCUGGUGGACAUCCCUUCAUCUAAUCAACCACCUAGUGCUACAGGUCCUUGGGAGUUUACAACAUGUGGUGCCAUUGGGUCACAAGGCCCAACACAGACCCAGUGUAACAAUGCCUACAAGAACACAAAUGUCAGUGUGCUAGUUGGAUCAAGUGGACCUCUGAAAGGUGUCCAGAUAUGGAGAGUCCCAGCUACAGACAUAUAUUGGAUUUCAUGCUAUGGAGCAGCCAGUGGCAAAGGAGUAAAGCCCAGCAUGUCCGGGUCCCAUGGUGUGGUAGUAAUGGGCAUUUUUAAACUGGAGAAGGAUGACAUCUUGUACAUUUUGAUUGGACAGCAGGGAGGAGAUGCCUGUCCUAAUACCAACCCUGUUAUCCAGAGUGUGUGUACUGGUGAAAACACUGUGAUCGAGAAAGAGAUUGUAGCAAACAAGACCGUUAAUGAGCAUGCAGGAGGUGGAGGAGGGGGAGGUGGUGCUACGUACAUAUUUAAGUUUAAGGACAAUGAAGCCAUCCCUCUAUUAAUAGCAGCAGGAGGUGGAGGAAGGGCUUACAGGAGCAAAUCACAUUUCUCAUCUGAAAACCUGCCGAGGCUGGUAAAUGACUCCUCAGUUUUAGGAGUGAAUGGAUUAUCAGGCGCUGCUGGAGGAGGAGGCGGCUGGAAUGACAGCACAACACUGCUUCAUGCUGGAAAGUCCUUACUGGAGGGUGCUGCAGGUGGAGAAUCCUGUCCUCAAGCCAUGAAUAAGUGGGGCUGGACAACUCCUGGUGGAUUUGGAGGAGGAGGAGGAGGAUGUUCUGCAGGUGGAGGCGGUGGAGGUUACAUAGGUGGUAAUGCAGCAGAAUCCAAUGAUCCAGAUAAAGAUGGUGAAGAUGGCGUCUCUUAUAUUACUUCAGAUGGAAUUCUGUUUACCCCACAAUUCAAAGUGACAGAAGGUGAUGGUGAGGUACAAAUCAAGCUAGAAUUUUGUGGCCACUGUGAAACAGGACAGUGUGAGGCUGACUUUGCAAAUGAAGAAGUUGUUUGCUGGUGUCCUCCAGGAACCAUCCUUGAUGAUUACAAUAGAUGUGAAGUUCCUUCUGCGCUCUCCCUGGUCCUCUCAGUGGUUACGUCACUGCUCGUGGCUGCACUUAUUCUUACCUUCUCAGGGAUCAUGAUCGUGUAUCGUCGAAAGCACCAGGAGCUCCAGGCCUUACAAAUAGAGCUACAGAGUCCCGAAUACAAACUGAGUAAACUACGGACCUCUACGAUCAUGACAGACUAUAACCCCAACUAUUGCUUUGCUGGCAAGACCACAUCAAUCAGUGAUCUUAAAGAGGUUCCUAGGAAGAACAUCUCUCUCAUCAGAGGCCUGGGGCACGGUGCCUUUGGAGAAGUAUAUGAGGGCCAGGUGACGGGAGUUUCUGAAGAGCCUAGCCCACUGCAUGUAGCAGUGAAGACAUUGCCUGAAAUGUGCUCAGAACAGGACGAGCUGGAUUUCCUUAUGGAAGCCCUCAUCAUCAGCAAGUUCAAUCACAAGAAUAUUGUACGUUGCAUUGGAGUCAGUCUACAGACCCUUCCUCGCUUUAUUCUUCUGGAGCUAAUGGCAGGGGGAGAUCUCAAGUCUUUCCUUCGUGAAACUCGGCCAAGACCAGGCCAAGCUUCUAACAUCUGCAUGCGUGACCUGCUGAAUGUGGCUUGUGACAUUGCCCACGGAUGUAAAUAUCUGGAAGAAAAUCAUUUCAUCCACAGGGAUAUUGCUGCUAGAAACUGCCUACUUACUUGCAAAGGAGCAGGAAGGGUUGCUAAGAUUGGAGAUUUUGGAAUGUCGCGAGAUAUAUACAGGGCAAGUUACUACAGAAAAGGAGGCCGUGCCAUGCUGCCUGUUAAAUGGAUGCCUCCUGAGGCCUUUAUGGAAGGAAUAUUCACAUCAAAGACUGACACGUGGUCCUUUGGUGUGCUGCUCUGGGAAAUAUUCUCACUUGGGUACAUGCCAUAUCCUAGCAAAAGCAACCAAGAAGUGCUGGAAUUCGUGACAAGUGGAGGACGAAUGGAUCCACCCAAGGGGUGUCCAGGACCUGUAUAUCGAAUAAUGACACAAUGCUGGCAACAUCAACCCGAGGAUAGGCCAAAUUUUGCAACAAUGCUAGAAAGACUUGACUACUGCUUACAGGAUCCAGAUGUGAUAAACACAGUUCUGCCUGUGGAAUAUGGCCCUUUGCUGGAAGAAGAAGAAAAGAUUCCUAUGCAACCAGAUGACCCUGAUAAAAUUCCACCUUUGCUGGUAUCAUUGGAGCAUGAUAAGGACAGUGAUUGCCAACUGACCUCUUCUAUGAGCUGCAUGCAUCCUGGAGGAAGUCCAGCUCAAAUGUCACCCACUGACCCAGCUAAUAAGAUAGACACUGGAGCCACAGAAGAAGCAGGGCAUGAUAACAUGGCAUUCUCACAGACAAGCCUGACACCAGGACCUGCCACAGGUAAGGGGACACAGAAUAAGCCAACAAAUCUCUGGAACCCCACUUAUGGUUCUUGGCUUGUGGAGAAACACACUUUGAAGAACAGUUCCCAGGCUGAGAAUAUACCUCCUUCACAUCAGCCUGGGAAGGAAGACUCUGGAAAUGCUGGAAGUGGCAUUGCUACUCGAAGUCUUACAACCUCCAAGCUGCCAUCUUCCCCUCUAGUAUUAAAGCCCACUUCACUGACUUCUAAUAAUAAAGGCUUGCCACUUUUCCGUUUGCGACACUUCCCUUGUACAAACAUCAGCUAUGGUUAUCAGCAGCAGGGCUUACCCGUAGAAGCACUGUCAAGCUCUGGAAAUAAUGUUAAGUUAGUCCCUAGCAACAAAAGCAAUGCAGUUCAACAGGUGACUCCAUCUCAUCCUACCAGUGAUCUGACAGCUUGGGAUUCAGGACUCUCCCUUGCAGAGGACAUGAGUGUAACAAUACUAUAAACAUCCUAACGACCAAACAGAACUACUGAUCUUAUGUGCCAAUCUCUUCUAAAGUGCCACGCUAUGGAACAGAGCAGGAAAAGACAUCAAGAUUGUUGCAUUCAUACCCAAGGAUCUAUGGCCAGCGAAAUGUUAACACUUUCUCUUUUGGCAUUUGUAUUAUGUCACAUGGAGAACAUUUAGCUAAUUACAAGCUUGCUGGUGUGUUGCAUUCAAUAUAUGCGUCUUAGCUCAGAGAAGAGAAAUAAUGUUUUUUUUUUUUUUCUUGAACCCAGCAUAAAAAGAAACAUUUCAGUCACACUUAUCCUGCUAUAAUAUUUAUAAUUAAAAAUCAGUACUGAAAGUUUCUUGCAAGAUAUUUAAUCUCUGUACCUAAUUAUUUGUACCUUUCUAGAUAUCAACUGUCUCUUCACAUUUUAUAGAAGCCUGAAUGAAAUGUGUUGCUUCCUUGAAAUAUUCAGAUUCUUAAAAUCCAUUAAAGGACCAGAGCCAGUACUUGCCAAUGCAAGAUGCAGUUUUUGAAACUACAAAAGUUGUUACCCCGGCUCAGUAUUGCUAGGGAACAUAUGUGUUUCUUCUAGCGUGUUUUCGUAUUUUUGAGAAGUUUAUAAAACAUGCAUUUUUUUCACUGUUAGCGUUUGUGACUAUAAAGCAGUUCACUUAAAAGGAUAAAUGUUCUUUUAGCAAAUAACAUAAAUGCAUAAUAGCAUCGCUAGUCAUAUCUUCUAUGUGUCUUCAUUAUAGACUGACAUUCAUACAUAACUGUUUAGCAUUAAGUAAAACAAUGACAUUCAGAUCCAGAUUUAGCAUUUUGUUUAUCAUUCAGUUUGACAAUCAUGCAUCCAAAAUGUAAAUUAAAAUUUGUGUUUCUUUCUUUUGUAGGAACUGUAGGUUUCUAACCUGAAAUUUGUUAGUCUUUCCUUGAUUUUGGCCUGAAUAGGAGUCCAAUUUUCUUAAAAAUGAAAACAUAUAUAUCAAGUUCUGUCUAUCCCAAAAUGUAUUAUGUAAUAAAAUGCAUGUGUCAGAAUUAAAAUACUGAAACAAAGACAGCACCUGCUCAUGUCUGUGCAUGUGUUGUUAAAUUCUGUGAUGUACUGCACAUACUGUGUUGUGAAACACAUACAUUACAGUUAAAUGCACAACUUGUGUAAGGAUGUUAUUUAUUUGAUUUAUAACAAACACUUAGCUAUAGCUACAUUAUACACUUUAACUUCCAGGUAUAUGUGUCAUGCAUAUGCAAUGACAAUUUUUAUGCACACUCACACGCACACACACCCACAAACCCACACCCACAUACAGACACACACAG